GUGGAGGAUUGUGGCCUCAUAUUGCAGCAAAUACAGAACUGAUGUUGGCGAGCUUACAAAUUCUGAUUGAUAAAUCAUUGGUAACAAAGUUGUAUAAAAGGAUGGGCAUGUAAUGAGCAAUAAAGCAGUUGGAGAAAGCAUCAGCAUUCGUACAACAGCAUCAAAAGCACUAACCACACAAUCAUCAACACCAAGCAACAACCUUCAUCAACAACACCAACAAUGGCUUCCCCAAAAGGCAUCGCCCUCAUCCUCGGCGCCGGCUCCAACGUCGGCCAAGCCCUUUCCAGCGCCUUCUCCCAGGCCGGCUACAAAGUCGCCCUCGUCUCGCGCUCCAUCAAAGAAUCCUCUUCAGACAAGCAAAUCCAGAUCCCCGCGGACCUCUCCAAGCCAGACACCGUCCCGUCAAUCUUCGAGUCCGUCCGCCAGAAACUUGGCGCCGAUCCUAACGUGGUCAUUUACAACGCUGCAUCUCUGACGCCACCGUCGGACAGCUCCAACCCCUUUACCGUUGAUAUUGAUUCUUUUGAGAAGGAUCUGAGGCUGAGCAACACUUCGGCUUAUGUUGCGGCGAGAGAGGCUGUCGCGGGCUUUGAGAGGCUGGAUAAAAGUUUGUCAAAGGCUUUCAUCUACACUGGCAAUUGGCUCAAUGCAGUGACAAUGUCCAAGCCGGUUUUCGUUACGCUCGCUACUGGUAAGAGCGCUGCCGCCGCUUGGAUUGGUGGUGCAAGCGUUCAUUAUAAGAGCAAGGGCUACGGCUUCUAUUUCGCUGAUGAGCGUACUGCCGAAGGAAGAGCAGUUACCACUGGCGUUUCAGGAGCUGCUCACGCAGAGGCGUAUCUGAAGCUGGCUGAAGGCAAGGCUGAUCAGCCGUGGCACACGACUUUUGUUGAUGGAAAGGGCUUUGUUGACUUUCCCGAGACCCGAAAGGCCUACAUUGACUCAUAAAGCUCUAAUCGUAUGCAAAUUGUAGCGAAGUAUUAGUGUUUUGUCAAACCUGAAUAAAUCUGUUACUAUA